UGUAUGUCCUUCUCCCAAUCUCACAUCUCUCUCAGUCGUUCGUCCUUCUCCCAAUCUCACAUCUCUCUCAGCCGGAGCAGCGCCUGACCCACUGCGCUGCCGCCCCACCCACUGCGCCGCCGCCCUCGCCCGUGGGACACGUCCGCUCCCAAUCCGCGCCCCCGCCGCCUCCCUCUCCCCAUCCUCCCCUUCCUCCCCCUCCGACCCACCCCGCUCUCGCCGGAGACGAAGCAGGUCAGAUCCAUCCGCCCAAUCGCUCGCUCGCGCACCGGGAUGACGACGACGACCUCGCCUCCGCGUGCAUGUGCUCGCGAACGGCUGACCAGAUCGAGCGCGCCAGCCUGAUUGCUCCGUCGCGCCGUCGUCGGGGCAGGUGCACGCACGCGUCCAGCGGCGAACCCUAGUUGUACCUCGAAGGGGAGACGGCGCCUUCCUGAACACCUCUGUCUGGCACAAGCCCCUCUGGUAAAACUGCAUCUUUGCCACUUAGUGAUGCUCUGUGUGCUUGUUUUCUCGGUCCAAAUGGGUUACCAAGUUGGAAGUUAACUGCAGACAGAUGAGGAAGUUGAAGUAUUCAGUGCUAUCUUGUUUCAGUUUAAGUUUGCCACUUAGGAAGUUGAAGUAAACAGUAAAUUGCUGGUAAUGGAUCAGCAAAUAAAGUGGCUAGUCCUGUAUGUAUAUGCUUGCUCGUGAAUAACCUGGGAAAUUACUUUUGCUUGCUGCACAACCUUUGCCUGUUGCAAGUUGUAACUAUGUGCACUGGUUAUAAAUUCAGAACCUAUAACAUCAAUGUUUUGUCAUGGUUAAUUAUUUCAGAAGAUAAGAUGUGCGGCAAGUGAGAUAGUUGGUCAGGUGAAAGUCAGCAUUCUUGGUGGAAGCCCUGUUGGUAAAUAACUGCAUAAGUUGCAUAAUAUGCUGCUGAUGAUGAGAACGACGAAAAAAACUAAGUAUGCUAGCUAAGAAGUUGAUGGUAAUGACGACAAAAAGGGUGUGGUGAAUCUUUCUAUAUUGCUACUUACCCGGAUAUGUAAGUGGAGUAGUACUUAAUUAGUGGCUAGGCAAUGUAAUGAACACGUAUGGGUGAGCAGAAGUAAGUACUCCGACUUCAGAUUUCAAUCUUCUGAAGUACUGGUUUUAAACUGGCAGCAUACAACUAUCAUUUGUCCAAGCCAGCUGGUUAAUUCCAUCUUUCUAGUACUCCGACUUCAGAUUUUGAUCUUCUAGGACUCUAGAAUUUAAGAUAUUAAGGUUAGUCUUAUGUGAUUUCCGAAAAUUGAAAUGGAGGCUCCAUUGGUGCCUCCAGUUAGUAGAUAUAUAUAAGAAUUUCCAGUAUGGUUCAGUUUUGGAAACUCUGUUGGUUUGAAACUUAUCAAAUUCAACUCUGAAAUAUUGAUUUGAAACUAUGUGGUGCCAAUAUGAUAGUCAGAUAGUGAAGCAUAUCUAAUAAUGGUCAAAUGUCCAUGAGUUGCAAAAUGUACUAGUGGUGCUACUGUGCAUCGCAAAAUAAAAAGUUGCCUCAUCUCAAUACAGUUUCCAGGCUGCUCUUCAGAUGCAAGUUCUAACUUGCUGUUUAUAUAUCAUCGUGUUGCUGCUACUUGUGAUUUUGUCAAGUGAUGCUGCUGCUACUUGUGAUCUUCUGAAAUGACCCCUUUCUCCUGAAAUGUUGAUUAAUUUCCGUUUUGGUUGAGAAUGGGACACUCCUAGGUCAAGAAAAUUAGCAAAGGUCAUGCCUAAUUUUCUUGACCUAGAAGGUGCCCGAUUCUCAACGGAAACAAAAAUUAAUCAGCAUGUAUCUUGACAUCAACCAACUUUCUGGACACAUCCCUCGACAACUAGGUUAUCUUGAGAACUUAGAGGAGUUUUGGCUUUGGAAAGAGGCCUUGGAUUAGUUUAGUAUUAAAACAAGGUGGAUGCAUGGCAUGGCAAUACUAGCUAGAUCAAUUGCCUACUUACUAAUUAAUCAAAUGAUACGGUCGGGGUAUCUUUAGGGGCACCUAGUGAGCUAGUAUACUCCACAUGACUGCCCAGUAUUAAAAAAAGUUAAUUACACCACCAUACGACCGACUAGUCGAUUAAUUAAGCUACUAAUCCUAGUGUUACAAGCUAGAAAAUUAGCCUGCAAAGAUGAGGUCCUUGAGAACGUGGACUUGGACCUUAGCAACAACACACUAACAGGUUCCAUCCCAAAACACCUAGGCAAUAUCACAAACAUCUCUCAAUUGUUCCUUGAUAAUAACCAACUUUUUGGCGACAUUCCUCAAGAAUUAGGUUAUUUGGUCAACUUAGAGAUCUUGUUCCUUGACAAUAACCAACUUUUUGACCAAACUUUUUUCCUAUUUAGAGCGAACAUGGCCCACAAUGAUGAGGCCGACGGUUCGGGCAAGGCAUUCUGGGAGCUGUCCUGGGAGAUGGAGGAAGAACCUUACCGCUAUGAGGACGUCGCGGAAGACACCGAUCCCGACUACACAACCCCUAGUGGCGUCGGGGAUGACACCACUGAUGGUGUCGCUGAGGAUGCCACCACUGAUGAUUGCAGCGCAUGCACAGAUGGCAGUCAACCGAAGAGGCAACGGAAGGACGGGCGCCCGAACGUGCUCGGCACCGUCAAGGAAGAAUUUACUGAAGUGUCCUCCAGUGGGCAUCCAAUGGCGCCCAAAGAAUUACUCAAGGGGUACGCGGGACAGCUCGGAUGCAUUCUCCGGAGCACCGUCUCGAUCAACAUCGAAAACCUAAGGCAUCGUGACCGAGGGAAUUUGCGCAACCUCCUCUUCACGAAGUUGCACGAACGAUAUAAGUUCCCCGGUGACUUCGCAAACACACGCCUCUCAGGGAAUAAAGUGAACAGUGCCGCACUCACGAAGAUGAGCACGGCCCUGGCUACUUGGAGAGCUGCGGUGAAGAGAAAGAUUGAAAAAGGUGAUAGUUAUGAGAAGAUCAAGGAGACAAAUCCUUCGAUCAGUGAAGCUGACUACCUGGAGUUCAAGAUCAAGUGCGAGAGCAACGCAAUCGCGGAAUCAAGUCAGUGGGGGAAAGAUAUGCGGGACUUGAACAUAGGGGUCCACAAACUCGGUCCCAGCGGUUACAAAGUGGCGGAACCUAUAUGGGACAAGGAGGACGCAAAGCGUGCCGAGCAAGGCCUACCGCCCCUCUUUGAUAAAUACUGUGACAAGUAGACCAGGAACUAUGUCAGGGCCCAGUACAAGAUUGACCCGGUAA